AUGUCUUCCUGGCUAGGGAGCAUCGGCUCUGGUCUAGGCCAUUCUUUGGGCCAAGUGGGAGGCAGUUUGGUCUCUCUCACCGGCCAUAUUUCUAAUUUCACCAAGGACAGGUUCCUGAAAGGAGGAGAGGAAGUAGUAGAAUUACCAACUUCUGGAAGAGGUGAAAUUGAACUCCUUCAUUUGUUCUACAAAUCAGAAAAUGAAAGGCUCCAAAACCUAUGUACUGAUCUUGAAGAGAAACAUGAAUUAUUACAGCAGCAAAUGAAACAACAGUCAACAAGUUACACAGACCAGCUUCAGCACAAAGACAGGGAGAUUAGCUACCUUAAAGAAAGACAGGCGGAGCUGCAGCACCAGCUACUGAAGCUGCAGUCAGGCCUCUCAGCACCCCGCUGCAUUGCUGUCACCUAUACCACAUCGUCCACACUCAGCUACGGGGGCAGUCAGCCCACACCAGCAUUCAAUGAGGAGGACAUGGAGACUAUUGACUUAAAUUGCUCAGACGAAGAAAUUAACUGGCAGCCCAGGGAAGUGUCAGGGCCUGAUUCUGAGCUUAGCCACUGGAUAAACAUAGCCGAGAGACCUCAGGCCGAAGGACCACAUCAUUCUGAUCAAAAUGAAGUCGGUAACCUUCAGAAGAUAAUCAAAGAUCUUAAACAAAAUCAAAAACAGCAACUUGAUAACUGCCAAUAUGAAAUAGCAGCGUUGCAAGAUGCAUAUCAGCUGAAACUGACGGAGGUAACUCGUCAACACCGAGAACGGAUUGAGGAGCUUGAACAAUUACUGGAGCAAGGUGGUUCAGGAGCCUACCAGGAGCCUAAACUCUCUGAGAUGCAAAAGGCCAUCGAAAUGUUACAGAGAGAAAAAACUGAAUGCUCCCAAAAAAUCAACGAACUGGAAGAUAAACUCAAAGACACCACUCAAAGAUUAACUUGUGCCGAACAUGAAAAAGAGAUUUUGCAGAGAGAACACAAACAGCUGAAUGUGGGAAAUGGACAAAUGGUGCCUGAAUAUGAGACGUUACGAGUGGAAUGUGAGAGGCUGGCAUAUUGUGCUGAUCAACCUGUGGAGCCUGCUGCGGGCGAAGAAACCAUGCAGAGUGCUGUGGAGGAGGAAGUGCUCAGGCUCCAGCAGGCACUGGCUGACAGUGAAAGUAAAAACAAAACACUGAGUCAGCAGGUAAUGUUAAUGAAAAAUGAGCUAUCAAACCAAGGCGAUGUUAUCCAUAAACUAAAAGAAGAUCUAGAGCAUGCAAUAAAGCAAGUUCAUCAGCUGGAGAAAGACAAAGCAAACAUUUCUGAAGAAUUGGAGGAGGCGAGAAACAAUGUAAUUCAGAAAGAAUGUGAGCUGCAUGCUUUGGGUUUAGCGAAGCAGGAGCAUGAAGAUAAAUUACAAGAUUUAGUUGAUCAGCUAAAUGAAGCAAAAGAAGAGAGGGAAGGCAUCCAGAAAAACAAUGUUCACCUGAAAAGAUGCAUUCAGCAAAAUGAGGAGGAGCACAACAGAAUUAGACAAGAAUUAAUUAUUAAUCAAAACCUUAGUAAUAAUUGCAACAAUUUACUGAAAGAAAAGGAAAUCCAAGUAAGAAACUUAGAGCAGCAGCUUUCAGAAGCUGAAAAGCGUGAUGAAAAUUUACAGAAAAUUGCCUUUGAUCUCAGGAUAGAAAAUGAGAAGUUGAUUUUGGCAUGUGAACAGGUGGAACAGAAAUUAGAAGAGUCUGUUGCUCUAAACCGUCAGGUUUCUUUAGAAAAAGACACGAUUCUGGAGACCCUGAGAAGGGAAAAGCACCAGCUAGAAGCUGACUUAGGUGGCGCUGAGAAGAGGCUGUUGGAGGAGGCCAACAAGCACAAGCAGAGCCUGGAGGAGCUGUCCAGCACACACCAGUUGGAUUGUGCUGCCCUUAAGCAGGAACAGGAUCGUUUACUGGAGCUGCAUCAGCAGAAGGACCUGGAAAUAGCGGUUCUGAGAAAGAGCAUUGAGCAAAUAGACAUAUGUCAUAAACAUACCGAGGAGCUUUUGUCCUCUAGUUUAGAAAAGCAGGACCAGUUGACACAAGUGCUAAAUGAGAAGGAAACUUGCAUUGAAAAUCUUCAAGAAAAAAGUUCAGAGCUGCAGGCGGAAUUGGACAGAUGUAUUGAGACUUCUAAAAAGAAUGAAAUCUUACAACAGACGGUAGAGGAAAAGGAUAGAAGCCUGGGCUGCAUGAAACAAGAGAAGAAUCAUCUCCAGGAGGAGCUGGAGCGGCUCAGGGAGCAGCAGAGUCAGGCUGUGCACGGGGCCAAGCCCGGAUUCCCCGACUGUGUGUCCGAACUAGAGUCAGAGGUGACCCAGCUGACCAUUGUCAAGAAACAUCUGGAAGAAGAAAUUAAAGAACACCUAAAGAUCAUUGAAGAUCAGAAAAGGAGUAAGAGGCAGCUGCUGAAGGCGAUGGAGGAGAAUAAGCACCAGUAUGAGCAAGUGAAUGAAGUGCAAAGGCGGCUGAUCUUAGAGAAAGAGGAGGAGAUUAAGAACCUGCAGAACACAAUUGAAAGGAUCAAAACCCAGCUGCCCGAGGAAGGACGGCAUACCCCCAUCAUUCGCCUUGAAAACAAAAGUGAAAACCAUGAACUAGCUAAAGCAGAAAUAGAAGAGUUAGUAAAAGGAAUACAAGAGCGAGAUUUGGAGAUUAAGCUUCUAAAUGAAAAGAAUCUAUCUUUAACUAAACAAAUUGACCAACUAUCUACACAUGAAGUAGGGAAGCUAACUGAAAUGAUUCAGCAGAAGGAUUUGGAAAUCCAAGCUCUGCAUGUUAAAAUGUCUUCACCGUCCUACUCCCAGGACAUCCUUGAACUUCAGCAGCAGCUGCAAGACUAUGCUAGGGAGAAAGAGCAGAUAUUAGCUGUUUUCAGUGCCAAAACAAGGGAAAACAGCCAUCUCAAAUCAGAGUACCACAAAAUGAUAGACAUAGUGUUUGCCAAAGAGGCAGCCCUAGUUAAACUCCAAGACGAAAAUAAACAAAUGUCCUCCAGGUUUGAGAACACAACCCAAGAAAUACUUAGAGAAAAGGUUCAGAAUCUAUCACGGAUCAUAAGAGAAAAGGACAUUGAGGUAGACGCAUUACGGCAAAAAUGCGAGACCUUAUUGGCUAUCCUGCAAACCUCUGGCACCGGGAAUGAGGCCGGGGGCCUUAACAGUGAUGCAGUUGAGAAGCUGUUGCAGGAACAUGACAGGUUAAAACUAGAGGCAGAAGACCUAAGAAGAUCCCUGGAAGAAAGAGACGUCAGCAUCAGAGCUCUGCAGCAGGAUAACCAACAGCUGUCUGACUCCAUCGCUGCUGCUGCAGAGCUAAAAAAGAAAGAGCACCAGCAGCACAAUUCGGAGCUCAGGCAGCUGAAGCAAACAUGUGAUGUGCUGCAAAUCUUCCUCAAGGAGAAAGAGCUCCUGCUCAAGAACCAAAACGAGCAGCUGCUUUCCUCAAAGGAAACUUUGACCAACAAAGUGAAUGAAAAUGAAAUUUUAAGACAAUCAGAAACAGACUUGAAGGAAAGAAUACUCAUUUUGGAGAUGGAAAUUUCAAAGUUAAAGGAUGAAAACAACAGAAGAGUAGAAGAGAUGAGGGAGAAGGAAAAUGCAUAUCAAGCAUUACAAGAGAGGAACACACACGAAGUUUGGGCUGCUGCACAUAGAGAGGCCAAACUUAGAGAAAAUGUCAUGGUUUUAGAACAAAAACUAGAUUCUUCCUUGGAUGCGAUGGAAACUGCCAGCCAUCAAGCCAGCGCGCAAAUAGAAUCCUUGCAGGCGAAGUUGAACAUAGUCUCCAAGCAGAGGGACGAGGCUGCCCAACAGCUCUCUCAGGCUCAGGACCAGGAGAAGCAGUACACUGUGUCCCUGGGCAACCUGCAGAUGGUGCGUGAGCACGUCCAGCAUAAGGAAAAAGUUAUGGAUGCUGCUGAAGUGGAAAAACAAGAGCAGCUUGUACACAAAUGGAAAGAAAAGGCUCAAGACCUGCCAGUGAAAGCAAAUGGCUUACAAGAACAUUUGGACAAAGCAAACGCCGUACUGGAUUCCACAUCAAGACUAAUGGAACAGUUGGAACACAAAGAAAGAAAAAUCCAGGAGCUUAAAAAUCAAAAUGAGCUUCAACAAGAAAUGUUGGAGGAUGUACAAAAGAAAUGGAUACAUUUGGUACAUGGCAUGGAGGGCAAAAUAGACAUAGUAUUAGUGAGAAACCUUUUUAUUAGGCAAUUCCACACUCCGAAAAGUCAGCGGCCUGAAGUGCUGCGUUUGAUGGGCAGUAUUCUGGGCCUGAAGAGAGAAGAGAUGGAUCAGUUGUUUAAAGAAGACCAAGGUUAUGUUACAAGAUGGGUGAGCGGAUGGCUUGCAGGAGGAGCCCAAAGUGACCCCAACAAACCUCUCAGACCCAACGAGCAGUCUGUGCCCAACAACUCAUUUGCGGAACUUUUUGUAAAUUUUUUGCAAAAUGAGACACACCCAUCCAUUCCACCACCAAAUCUUUGCACAAGUGAGAUGAAACCUCUACAUUCUACGGGAACAAGAGCAAGCACAGGUGUGCCAGAAACUUUUCAAGAUUCAACCAGUUCCAGUUCUGGUAGAAAAACGGGUGUGGAUUCAUUUUCGGCCACCCGCUCUGAGGCUGUGCCCCUUAUUAGCCCAGCUGGACUUGGCCAGGGCCGACCUGGGAGCCUUCUGCUGGAGCCCAUUAAGAACUUCGUACCCACAUUUACAUCACUGCCAGUGCCGCCUAACAACAGCACUGCAGUUGGGAUACAAGAUCUUUCAAAGAAGUAG